CUUUUCCCAGUUCCUUCCUCUAUUCCUCUGGCCUGUGAUGAUCUCCGUGCCACCGCUAUCACUAUCUGAGAAUCCAAAGGGCAGGUUGGAGAUCUUUUCUGGUCUGUGAAAAUAUAAAGAUAGACGGGGAGAGAGAGGGAGGGACAAAUAAUCUGUGAGCUAUUCCUCCUCUAUUCCUCUCUUGUCGUCGUUGGUGAUGGCGGCGCAGCCACGACAGUUCCAGAUGGGUGGCGGCGUCGGCGGCGGCAGCAGCGACACCACCUACACGAAGAUCUUCGUGGGAGGCCUCGCCUGGGAGACCCAGCGCGACACCAUGCACCGUUACUUCGAGCAGUUUGGCGAGAUCCUCGAGGCCGUCGUCAUCACCGAUAAGAACACCGGCCGUUCCAAAGGCUACGGCUUCGUGACUUUUAAAGAUCCUGAUUCAGCAAUGAGAGCAUGCCAGGAUCCAUCGCCGGUGAUCGACGGAAGGCGGGCUAACUGCAACCUGGCAUCGUUCGGCACUGCUCACCGAACCCGGCCAUCGAACCCACAGCAUGGGAUGGCAGGGCGGUUGAGACCUGUGGUUGGGCCCAGCAUUGCUUCUAUGUAUCAUGGAACAGCUGCCACCACCUCUUACUUCCAUCAUCCUGCCCAAUAUGCCUACCCUUAUUCUGUUUAUGGCAGAUACUCUGGAGGACACUCACAAGAACGCAUAUAUCCAAUGAGCUACUACAGUUUAUACAGCAGCAGCGGAAGGCAGCACCACCAGUUCUCUCCAUACUAUUCGGCUGCCGGUCCAGGGGACUUCCAAAACUUCUACCCAUUUUAUGCUCAAUUUUCGCAGGAAAGCCAGGCACAGAGUGGAGGAUAUGGGCUGCAUUAUCCACAGACGCUGCAAUACCCUUACUUGCCGCAGCAAUACAGGGCUGGGAUCCUCUCCAUGCAUCCCUCCAUGACGCCGACCACCGGGGUUACUGCCACAGCAGCUGUUGGGUCCAGCUCUUUGCAGCAGCUGCCAGGAAACACUUCGGUGCAGAAGCCAUAGCCUUAAGUCUUGCUUCUGAUAUUAGGCAUUCAUGCAUUCUCCAUCCAAUAUAGUAACAUGAUCACAUCGAUAGGAAAGGAAAAGAGGAAUCACCUAUUUAGUGAUAUGAAGGGGAGAAGGAUGCUUUGGGAUUUCCUUGGUACUCCUCAUUCCUCUCUGAUUUCAAAGAGGGGAAGUGAUUCAUCAGCUUGUGGAUAGAACAAGCGAGGGGAUGUAUCGCUUGCUUCGCUAGCUAACCGUCUUCACCUUCACCAUGGUAUGUUCUUUUCCAUCAUGAGUGCAUUGUUUAAUGAUCAUUGCUGUUCAAUUAGAACUUAGGUGGAUAGGGCUCUUUCAUUCGCAUGAAGGUUUUUGCUAAUGUAUCAACCAGAGGCCGGAAUGGAAUAUUUGACCAGCUUUCUAGCCUCACAUCCUCGAUCAUGCUAGCAGUUGAUGGCUCAGAGAGGCGAUUUUUAGUCUUGAAGCUGAUCCAUUGGAAGAUAUAGAGCAGCUGAGGCCUCUGGGAUGGCUCUGCUGACUUGUUUGUAAUAAUCUUCUUCUUUCUGUUUGUGAUUGCUGAUUAUUGUUAAGCUUAUAAACUUAUGAAGGAUGAGUUAGAUCAAUGGGAUUCAUGGUUCCUUCAA